AUGACGCUAUUGCUUUUGAGCUAUUUUUUGCUAUCUCGGAUCUCGCUCAUCUGGAUGGAAUUUCUUGGCAGUACUGAAGUGGAGCAGCCCAAAGGCACAGAAGUUGUAAGAGAUGCUGUUAGAAAGUUAAAGUUUGCAAGACAUAUCAAGAAAUCUGAAGGCCAGAAGACCCCCAAAGUUGAAUUACAAAUCUCAAUCUAUGGUGUAAAAAUUCUAGAUCCAAAAACAAAGGAAGUCCAGCACAACUGUCAACUCCACAGGAUAUCAUUUUGUGCUGAUGAUAAAACUGACAAGAGAAUAUUUACUUUCAUAUGCAAGGACUCAGAAUCAAAUAAGCAUCUGUGCUAUGUAUUUGACAGUGAAAAGUGUGCAGAAGAGAUAACUUUAACAAUUGGUCAAGCAUUUGACUUAGCUUACAGGAAAUUUCUGGAAUCUGGAGGAAAAGAUGUUGAAACAAGGAAACAAAUUGCAGGUUUACAGAAAAGGAUUCAAGACUUGGAAACUGAAAACACAGAACUGAAAAAUAAAGUUCAAGAUUUGGAAAACCAGUUAAGAAUAACACAAGUGCAUGCAUCUCCACUGCUGCACAUAAAGUGUGAUAAUGAUGAACAUAUGUUUCAAAGACCCUCUACUUUUUUCUGGUGUAACAAUGAGGAUUCACCUCCUUGUUUAGAUAUCUCUUCCAUUACGCUUACUCCUAGGAGUUCUCCUGACUCUAGACUACCAUCUGGAUUGUUAAUACCACCACCUUCAAAAAGUGGUCUUCCAAAGCCAACCAGUGAAUACAGCUGCCCAAGACCUCGUGCAGGCAGUGUGACACCUAAAUCACCCUCCACUGACAUCUUUGAUAUGGUUCCCUUUUCUCCCAUAUCCCCUCAGUCAUCAACACCUACUCGCAAUGGUACACAGCCUCCUCCAGUACCCAGUAGAUCUACAGAGAUCAAGAGAGACCUUUUUGGAGCAGAACCUUUUGACCCUUUUAGCUGCGGAGCAGGAGAUUUCCCUCCAGACAUUCAGUCCAAACUAGAUGAGAUGCAGGAGGGGUUCAAAAUGGGAUUAACUCUUGAAGGCACAGUAUUUUGUCUUGACCCACUAGACAGCAGGUGCUGA